UCGGUCUUGACAGCGAACAUAAAGAAGACGUGUAUCCCAGCCGUUUGUAAGCAUACGGCUAGUUAGCUGCUAAUUAACUAGCAAAUCAUCGGGCUUUACUGUUGUCAGAAAUUAUUGGCGUUUUGUUGUUUAAUUUACCAUAAACUAUGGCGUAUAUGUAAUUAAUUAGUCAUUUAAAUGGCGUUCAAUGGCCACGGGAACGACGAUGAUACUACCGACAAUGACGAAACGCCCACGAAGCAGCCGCGGUCCAGCAAGGAGAUGUCCGGUUAUUUUAGAGUCGAGCCCAACAAGGAGGCUGCCGCGCCCGCAGGAAGGGCCACAUCCGACCGGCAGAUGCCCAGCUCGACUGCGAGGCGUCGGAGCGACUCAGUGAGGAAAACAAGGCCGCCAUUUCCCUGGUUUGGAAUGGACAUUGGAGGAACUCUGGUGAAGCUCGUGUACUUUGAGCCCAGAGACAUUACAGCAGAGGAGGAGCAGGAAGAAGUGGAGAACCUGAAGAGCAUCCGGCACUACCUAACCUCCAACACAGCCUAUGGCACAACGGGCAUCAGGGAUGUUCACCUGGAGCUGCACGACCUGACGUUGUGUGGAAGGACAGGCAACCUGCACUUCAUACGCUUCCCCACACACGACCUGCCAAUCUUCCUGCAGAUGGCUCGCAACAAGCACUUCUCCAGUCUCCACACCACCCUCUGCGCCACUGGAGGGGGGGCAUACAAGUUUGAGUCUGAUUUCCGCAAGAUGGCUGACCUGCAGCUUCACAAGCUGGAUGAGCUGGACUGUUUGAUUCGGGGGAUGCUAUAUAUUGAUUCAGUGGUAUCCAGUGGCCCUUCAGAGUGCUACUACUUUGAAAACCCCACAGACCCAGAUCACUGCAUCCAGAGGCCCUACACACUGGAGAACCCCUAUCCUCUGCUGCUGGUCAACAUAGGUUCUGGGGUCAGCAUCCUGGCUGUCUACUCUGAGAACAACUACAAACGAGUUACUGGGACCAGCCUCGGUGGUGGGACCUUCCUGGGCUUGUGUUGCCUGCUGACUGGCUGCUCUACUUUUGAGGAAGCUCUAGAAAUGGCUUCUCAAGGGGAGAGCACUCGUGUGGACAAGCUGGUUCGGGACAUUUAUGGAGGAGACUAUGAGAGGUUUGGGCUGCCAGGCUGGGCUGUAGCCUCAAGUUUUGGCAACAUGAUGUCCAAAGAAAAGAGGGAGUCCGUGUCCAAAGAGGACCUGGCCAGGGCAACACUCGUCACCAUCACCAAUAACAUCGGCUCCAUCACCAGGAUGUGUGCUCUCAAUGAGAACAUUGAGAAAGUGGUGUUUGUGGGCAACUUCCUAAGAGUGAACACUCUCUCUAUGAAGCUGCUGGCCUAUGCCAUGGACUAUUGGUCCAAAGGCCAGCUCAAAGCACUCUUUCUGCGACAUGAGGGUUACUUUGGUGCUGUUGGAGCUUUGUUAGACCUUCUGCAUACAUCCUAAUCCAUCCCAGCUAUAUCCACAGAAGUACUUGUCAUCUGCUGCAAAGACCAUUAGCACUUUAGACUGUUCAAAAUCUGUUCCAGGGUGGGAUAUUUCCUCAGCCACUAGCCAAUUACUGGUACAUUUUGGCUGUGGGAGGCAAACUGUCAAACAUUUGGAAGUCCUGUUAUGCUUUCAGAGAUCGAGCUAGUUUGCUAAAGUACUCAAGUGGCUUCUAAAUUCUGACACAUCUGCUGUUGUGGUCGGUGGAUGAAAGUCAGUUUUCCCGCACUGACCAAAGUUGUAUUUAGCAAAGGUGACAGAGUUAGUGUGUGUAGGAUUUUGCAGAACCAAGGUUUGAUCUUAAACCUCUCAAGGAAAUUCACCACAGUUGCCUGAAAUAACACUUGUUGUGUCAUAGUCUUGUCAUGUGGACUGUACUUUACCUCAGUGGGUAUCAGAGCCUGGGCCAUAUAUUUGGAAGUACUUCCUAGGUUUUUUCCCUUCAUAAUUGCAUAACUGAUGGAUGGGGGAUGGACUCAUCUAAUAGGAUUAUAUUGAGUAUAUGGGUGACAGGAUAUAAAGAUAAGCAAAGGAAAGACUUUACUCUAGAAAAGCAUGGGUUUAUGAACAUAGUUUUAGGGGCUACAGCUAAUGAUGAUUUGCAUUGUUGAUCAAUUGUAUAUUAUUUUUCUGAUUGCUUGAUUAUUUGUUCUAAAAUUAAUAUAAACUCAAAGAUACUGAAUUUACUGUCACAUAAGACAAAGAUAAGCAGGAAAUAUUAACAUUUGAAAGAAAAAAUUUAACAUAUUUCUUUUAAAAUUUACUUGUUUAAGCUUUUUUUGAAUAAAUGUUUCAGCAUAUUGAUAGGAAUAACAUAUUAACUGACAUUGUUCAGUUGUAAAAAAUACUUGCUAACUGACUGUACUGGUCAUUUUAGUGUAUUAUAAUGUGAUCAAAGUGUCAUUGUCCUAAUAGUACUCCCAUCCACCUGAUAACUCUUGGUAAGGUAAAACACUGCGAAUCAUUAAUGAUCACUAAUGUUAGUAUUUUAUUAACUGUGAGCACUUACUCUUUGUCACUAAUUGGAUUGAACCCGAGGAUGUGAAUGGCAAAUGGCACACUGGAUAUUGAUUUACAUUUAAACCCACACAUCAGUCUUUCUUAAUUAACACCACAAUUGUUAAAAUGCACAAGAAGUCACUGUUUCAUCAGCUAUGUGCUUUAAUGGAGAGUUUAACUGUUAGUAUUAUGAUAUGUGUAUAUUGUGGGCUGUUUCUUACCCCAGUAAAUAUUUAAAUGUUACAGUACUUUUGCCAACUGAGAUAUGUUUUUGUACAGUUCAUGUACCCAUUUGUUUACUGCAACAGUGUUGUUAUCAAGAAAUCUAGAUAAUCAGUGUUGGGGUUAAUGCCACUGCAUUGAGUAUGGUAAAGCAUGAGUCAUGAGUCCAUUUCUGACCACACGCCUCUGCCCUGCUGAAGUAGUGUUGAGCCACUGUAUCCUUCUACUUGCAGAGAGAGGUCAGAGAUUUUGUGCACAGAAAAUACAUCAUAAUUGGGGCAUUAUAACACUGAGUUUUACCUACAUUCAAGAAGAAAAUAUUAAAAUUAAUGUAGAGACUUGAUGCAUUCCUCCAAUGGAUGUUUUAAAACCUGCAAGUCCAAGCUAGUUCUGUUUAUAUUUAACGUGUUCAGUAUGUAUUGAUGUUUUGAAUUUAAUGUGUCUGGGUCAAUUAGUCUUCCCGAGGUUCUCUUUUAAGGAGGCAUACUGUAUGCCUAUAGCAGGGCAGAACUUGAGCGUUCGAAUAUUGUGUCUCUCAUUUGUCUGUUUUUAGAAGUUAUUUCAGGUGAUGCUUAGCCAUCCCAUUUUAAUGGCACCUGUUUGCUCAGUAAUUAGUCCAUCGAUGGAUUACAGGGACCAUAAAGAAUCAAAACAAUUAAUGAAGAAAUUUGACUAACAAAAUUGUUGAAAAUCCAGUGGUUUUUCAGUUGUCAUACUGUAGAUAAUAUAUCUGUAAAAUGUAUAUACACCACAUUUAAAUGAACUACCUGUCAUGUUUUUUUUUUCUAUGAAGCAGUAAUAAAUCAGUAAUCUGAUUUAUAGGAAACACUGAUUUCUAAUGGUCAUGGUUUCUCUGUUAUUUGCGGGUACAUUGUGAAGAAAACAUUGUACUUUUUUGUAACAUUGAUUUCAAGUUUCUUAUUGAAGUGUUCCUGUUCAAUACAAACUGUUCAUAUCA